UCAUUAAAUUAAAACCAUUGGUUGAAUUCCUGUAUAUAUUCUUAUCAAUUCAUCAGGAAAUCAGUCUCAUAGUAUAAUUUAUCACUAUUACCAAAAGUUUGUCUAUCCUCUUCCGUCCUUUCAUAGCUUAAGCUGAAGUAAUCUCUUCAUUUCCUCUCCCAGUUACUAGAAUGAUCCGCCUCCUGAAUGCUACUGAAGAAGGAAACAUAGAUGGUCUAUAUGCAGCUAUUGGAGAGAAUCCACAUAUUUUCGAUCAAAUUGAGGAGAUCCCAUUUGCUGAUACUCCAUUACAUGGAGCUGCAUUUGCAGGGCAUAUCCAAUAUGCCAUGGAGAUCAUGAGAUUAAGGCCAUCAUUUGCUCGGAAGUCUAACCAAAAAGGGUUCACCCCCAUACAAAUUGCAUUUCAAAAAGAGCAUAUUCAGUUGGUGCUUGGGCUGGUAGACAUGGACAGUGACCUUGUCCAAAUCAAAGGGAGGGAAGGGUUAACUCCUUUGCAUUAUGCAGCUGAAAAUGGAAAUCGUCAUCUGUUGGCAAGGUUUUUGUCAGUUUGCCCCAAGUCCAUAGGGGAUGUUAAUAUUCGAAACGAGACUGCUCUGCAUAUAGCUCUGAAAACCAAUAAGCGUGAAGCUUUUGAGUUCCUUGUUGAUAGGCUUCACUGGGAUUGCCAUGAAGAGGCGCGAUACUGGGAGAAGAGGAUCCUAAACCGGAAGGAUGUGGAAGGCAACACUGUGUUACACAUUGCAACAUCCAGAAAUCAACCCCACCUUGUGGGAUUGUUAAUUGGACGCGGAAUUGAUGUAAAUGCCAAGAAUGUUUACGAGCAGACAGCUUUGGACAUUGCAGAAAUAAAUCGUUUACAUGAGAUUAGUCAUUUGCUACGUGACGUUGGAGCAGCUAGAGCUUCUUCGCUUUCUGCCGAUAACACCAUUGCAUUCUUAAGAACCGACCAGAGGUUGAACAUGGCAGCUGAACAAGGAGAUAUUAUUGCCCUGUAUUCAAUUAUAAGGGAGGACCCAUACCUUCUAGAGCGCAUCGAGAAUGCCUCAUUCAUCGAUACUCCACUGCACAUAUCUGCAUCCAAAGGGCACACCCAAUUUGCCUUAGAGAUCAUGUGGUUAAAACCAUCGCUGGCUAAGAAGCCAAACCAAGAUGGGUUUAGCCCUUUGCACCUGGCUCUGCAAAAUGAGCAGUUCCAAACAGUGCGUGGCCUCCUAGAUGCGGAUAGAAACCUGUUAAGCGUCAAAGGAAGAGCCGGUCAAACACCUCUGCAUUAUGUAGCGGAAAGGGGAAAUCUUGAUCUUCUGACAGAAUUCUUAAGAGCUUAUCCUAAAUCCAUUCAAGACUUGACAAUUUACAAGGAAACUGCCCUGCAUGUUGCUGCUAAAAAGGAUAUGUGGGAAGCUUUUGGUGUCCUAUGCGGAUGGCUUCAACUUACUGGGCAAAAUGCAAUCCUAAAUUGCACUGAUGAUGAAGGAAAUAGUGUAUUACACAUCGCAACAUCCAAAAAUCAAAUUGAGGCAAGUUGUCCUCCUGGUUUUCUGCAAAUAUUCCAAGAAAUGUCCAGGUUAUUCCAUGCACAUGAAACUCUCUAUUUACUAAGGUUUGUCUUUGUAAUGCAGGCGGUGAAGUUGUUAAUUGGAGGUAAAGUUGAUUUAAAUAUCAAAAAUAUGAAUGGUAACACAGCUUUGGACGUCUUAUAUGAAUCCCAAACACAAAUGAUGAUUAGGAGCAAAAUAAGGAAAAUACUAUGUCGUGCUGGAGCUUUAAGAUCUUCUUCAAUUCCUCAUACCACUACCGUAGCAGAUAAUCUAAGCAAAAAGAGGACAGGCCUUGAGAUAUGGGCACUAUCCAGGUACCGCGAAAAAUUGAUAAUGUCAGAUCAAAAUCGCAAUGCCAUACUUGUGGUGGCUGUACUGAUAGCAACUGCCACAUACCAAGCAGUGCUCAGCCCUCCAGGAGGAGUUUGGCAGGGUGAUCCUACUUUGCUUUUUCCUAACACUGACAGCCAAUCCAGAUAUAUCAACGCAGGAGCAUUCGUGGGAAGACCUGUCAUGUUCGAUCUGUUACCCUUAGUGUGGUAUUUAUUCUCGGUUUUGAACACAGCAGCAUUUAUUCUAUCAAUAGGAAUAAUCUACAAUCUCUUGCCAAGGCGGCCUUUGAUCGUUCUACCACUAGUGAUACCCCUAUUUCUUUGCUAUGGGAUAUCAUGGUACGCCGUGCAGACUGGUGGAAUAAAUUUGUUCAUCGUAGGGGUUGUUAUUGUGGCGAUAUUAAUACUGCUCUUCCGGGGUUUCAUUGCAUGGUUUCAAAAAGCUUGGCGUGAUCUGGUCAAAUUGAUGGCUCACAACCCCAAAAUUUGAGGUCGUAUGAUGGAUUUGUCACAAGCAUAGAAAUCAAUUGGUUCGUGAAAAAUAUAGUAACGAAAUGAUCAAUUGGUGCCUGAGCUCAUCAUGAGACUUGUCGAAUGAAAUUGAAGCUCGAAUUAGAAGAUGACCAAGAAUAGUUCUUGCUUUCUUUCUUAUUUGAAGAAAAAGAGAAGCAGACCACAUACUAGUAAACUUGCAAAAGGGACGUUUCAAUGAUUUAUUAAAUUAAAAAAUUCAAUUUAAUAAGAUAUAAAAAAAAUAAUUUAUUAUCAAACGCAUAUAUAUAUAUAUAUAUAUUAGCAAAACACAAGCAUGCAAACGCUACACAAUAUGUGUAAUUUGGUGCUUGAUGAAACAUCUGAAUAGAAAAUGCAUCUUUCAUUUCAUUUUCUCGAUAAACAACGUAUUGAUAUUUGAUAGUGUAGGUUGCAGCCAGUACCAUGCAUUCAGAGUAAAAAAAUUUGGGUAGAUGUGCAUGCAGUCUAAGUGCUCUGCCUAUAUCCAAUAAGUGCCUAUGUUUUCUUUCCAUUAUCCCAUUUUAUUGGGAUGUGUAAGGGCAGAUUCUCUGAUAUAUGAUACCUUUA